AUGUUUUCCAAAAUCUCCAACCAAUUUCACAAAUUUCACAAGUCAGACAAUUCAAAAGUCAAAUUGUUGAAACUCAGAGAGUUCUGUGAACUCAAUAAACCAAUGAAGAAACAGUAUAUUCGUGGUUUAUUCCACAAGCGUCAAGCCGGCGCUAGACAAAUCUCCCAAGAGAUUCGUCAAAAAAGAAACGUUGACACCUUUUAUGCUAUUGAAUAUUCAUCGACAUCAAUUUAUUCAGAAGUUAUUCCAGCUGAAGCCACCAACCUGACCCAUUCUUCCGCAAGUAAUGAUAAAGAUAAAUCUAAAAAGAAACUUAAGGAAACGAUCAAAUCGUUGAAAACUCAAACCUUGAAGAUUGCUAACCUUAUUAUCAAUGCAUUCGGAGUCAAAAGCAGGAACCCCAUUUACGCUAUUGAAUAUUCAUCGUUAUCAAUUCAUUCAGAAGUUAUUCCAGCUGAAGCCACCAACCUGACCCAUUCUUCCGCAAGUAAUGAUAAAGAUAAAUCUAAAAAGAAACUUAAGGAAACGAUCAAAUCGUUGAAAACUCAAACCUUGAAGAUUGCUAACCUUAUUAUAAAUGCAUUCGGAGUCAAAAGCAGGAACCCCAAAAGAUCUUUCAAACUCUUGAGAUUCCGGAUGUUAGUUUCUGAUCCAAUAAAAGACACAAGUUAUUUCGUGGACAUUUAUCCACCGAGUGACACUAUUGUCAAGACUAGAAUACAUUUUGGUAUUUUUCAAGAAAAAUUUGAAACGUUUUGCAAAGAAACGAAUCGGGAACCUUUUGAAGAAACAGCUUCUUUUAUUUAUAUAUUCCCUAACAAAGAAGAAGAGAAACCACAUUUGUCAAUUAGAGAAAAAAUUGUUUCGAGUUUUAGAAAAUUUGUGGUUCAUCUCAUCAAACGCAUUCACUAUUAUAUUAAUAUCUACCUACCUGGUGAAACUACUACCAAUAGUACUACUAUAAAGAAAAAAGCUACAGAAUUAGUUGCACCGAUUCCCCCACCUCCACCUCCACAACCAACUCCUCCAAUAACAGAAUUUGUGAA